AUGAAACCUUUCACCUGUAUUUUGUUCAACCUUUUGUGGUCUUGCUGUGCCGCAGAUGUCUACUUGCACAAUCCUCGAGGAACGAACAAUCGUUUAAACGAGAGGUCAGCAGAAAGAAGGAAUGCUAACAGGCUGUUUGAUUCACAGGUAAUCAGUUUAUAUUCAUAGUGUUUUCGCUCUCCUUACGUUUAAAGGACCGUAAUCUUGUAAAUUAUGUUUUUCAUGGUUCAUCAUGUGGACAUGAAUUAUGGAAAUACCCGAGGCGAUGCUGUUGUUGAUCGAUCGUUGCUCCGUUUCCAAAACUUCUCGUCAGUGCUAGUUUGGCUGAUCAGAGUGCUUUCUGUAAACUUGAAUCUUUUGACAGUUUUUGUAUCUCAUUUCCUAAAUUAUGUGUCUAUUCAUGGUCAAUUUACCGUCGAAACGAAUUAUGCAUAAAUUAAAACAAGCUUUUCAAACUAUUUAGGAAGGUUUCACCAAAGUUUUUAACAAAAAAAAAAAUUAAAUCCUUCAUGAACUUUCCAGAGGAUACUGCACUCCGCUUAGCAUGUUAACAGAAAAAAACAGUGGGCAAACAAUGUGUUUUGGCAAUUAUUGCACUAACAUCCAGUAGCUGGUUUUGCUGCCAUGUUUCAGUGCUGUUGUUACGCUGCCAAAGCCAGUUAAUUUGAAUAAAUGUUACGUCAAACCAACCCCACCCCACCAAGGUAGGUGGGUUAACCCACCAUGAAAUGUUUAAAUGUCAAUUCAAAAUGUGACUCUGGUUCAGAGGGUUACCCUUAUGAUAUGGCAGACCAGGUAACCAAGAUGCCAGGAAACCUAUACAUGUGACCAAGAUUAAAAUGAAAGAUUUUGUAAACAGUAGGCUUCCUGGCUUUACCCAUGGUCCUCCACCACAGAAUUUAAUAUAUGUAAACAGGCCAAUCGUGUGCACAUUUUUGCAAAUUCCCAUGACAUGUUGCUCUUAAAGUUUGACUUGUUGAAUAGUUUAACUGGUACCAUAUGGGCCUGGCAUGGGACACAAUGUUGCAGGAUGCCAUGUACAUGUACAUUGUACCUUCAAGUAAUUAUUGUUGUGCAGUUUGUAUCUGCUAUGGAAUCAACAGCGGAGCCGAUCAGAGACAUGCAACAGCAACAGUUCAUUGCAUUUGAGCAUUAGAGGAGACAAUUAACAAAUACAAUGUACCUACAACAGGUGGGGAUCCACACUGGUUUCCACCAUUUUAUGAAAUUCAGUCAGAUUUUUAAUAAGUAAAUAUAUUUUAAUAAAAAUAAAACUUUCCAAGUUGAAAUCUGGCCAAUAUCCUUUCUGAAUGACUCAGAAACCCAGGGAAGGACUUUGGGCAGUUAAAAUCCAGCAUGUGGUUUGCCCUGGAUCAAACCUCCCUAGAAGCUUGCGCCUUCAAUGCUUAUUUAAGAAAUUGGUCGGUAUUCAUCCUGGAUCCUUGCCUGUGUUUUUUUUGUUGCUGCAUUUCCCUGCUAGACAUUCCAGUGACUGUUUUCCCUUUCCCCAAGUGGGAAACAUAGCAGUUACUCACUGAUUUAUGAUGUAGAUAUGUUGGUCAGUGUUUGCCCAUAUUAAUUUUAUUACAUAUAUAUGUAUAUAUAUAUAUGAGGUAAGUUGUUGUCCGCUGGAACUCUUCCAGGGUACGUGGUAAUCAACCAAAAUUGUUGGAGAUUAAAGCAAUGUGCUUUAAAAUUGUGAUAAUACAUGUCUAUCAUUAUGACUUAUUCAUGUUAAUUGUCAUGUCAUAUCAAGCUCAUCAGGGAUGUGCUGAGAGAGCCUCAUUUGAUGUCAGUUAGAGUGAAGCUGCACUUAAAUAAUUUAAAUGUGAAGUUGUUCCUUUAACAUAGUCAGUGUUUCAGGCAUUAUGGAUGACCUUUUUAUGUUCACUGUUUAGUGUAAUGGGUAAUCUUAAUCACAGUUGCUACAGAUCAGGAAAUGGUCAGGGAAAAAAAUUCUUCAAGGACAGGGAAAAGUAAGGGAAUUUCCCUUCAAGUUAGGGAAAUUGAAUUCUUUGGAAGAAGUCAGGGAGAAGUUAUAUUUUAAGAGUACAUAAUAUAUUCUUUUCCCUCUUCCUUAAUUGUUUCUAACAUUUAAAAAUCUCUUUUACGUUUUACAGACAUGAAUCAUGUUGUAUUGGUAGAAUAUAUAAUAUUAUUGUUCAUGAAAUUGAACAAGUUGUUAAUGAACUACAUUUGUAUCAAUUUUUUGCAAACUGCACCUGAAUUGCUGAAAGCAUAGUAAAUGGGUGGAUAGAAUGGCUUUGAGGGGAGCAUUGUCUCCAUUGCCGGGACUUAUUUUCUUAAUUUGUUAUAUAUUCCAUUGGUCAGGGAAGUUUCACAUUUGUCAGGAAAAGGUCAGGGAAAAGUCAAGGAAUUUCAUAAACCUCUGGCUGUGGCAACCAUAUUAAAAUUGUACACAUGCAAGUGGGACAUUGUUGUAGUCAGCCAUGUUGAAUUUUGUUGAAUUUGAGAAAAUAAGAAAGAUUGGCAUCUAGACUCUUCAACAUCAUAUCAUCAUAAUCAACAUCAUCAUCAUCAUAAUCAUAACAAUCAUUAUCAUCAUCAUUAUCGGUGCCUACAAAAUGGAUUUACAUGUAUUACCCAAUUAUUAUUAGUAGUAUACCUAUUAUCUAUUUAGAUGAGGCUAGUUUGUCUUUAUUUUCUCAUUCUCUUUCAUUUUCUUUUUCAGAAUAACAACCGUGGUGGAUACAAUGUUGGAGACAAAACUGACAAACCAGCCACCACUGCUGCUAAUCAAUUUAAUAUGGUACGUACAUGUAGUACAGUGUUGCCUAUAAUAUGUAAUAAUAAUCAGGGUUUGCAAAUUUUAUUGAUGAGUGGAGUCACUGUGACUUCUACUUCACAAAUUUUGGAGUCAUUUUGGAAUAUUCGGAGUCAAGUAUCACAACAAAAAAAGCCAUUUUCAGACUUUUCAGCACGUCGUCCUGGCAUGUAUACACUAUCGUGAAGGAUACACGAAGUAGCUGUGGCGGUCCACUGACCUGGAAAGCUCAAAUCCAUGAUGGCGGUCAUUGAGUAAACUUUGAUCGUAAUUUACUCUCCUCCUGUUUUGUCGUGCAGCAUAAUUCUUUAAUUUUGAUGUUUUAAUUAAGGUUUACAACGUUUACAAUUAACGUAAAUUGUAUUUGUUGCGAAAAAGGUAAGGACAAAACUGUCAUUGUUACCGAAAAUUUCUGGAGUCGAAGUGGCUCCCUGUUUGUUACCGAAAAUUUCUGGAGUCGAAGUGACUCCCUCCGUAACCUCUGUGGAGUCAUCUGAAGAAUUUUGGCGUAAAAUACGCCAAAUUUGGCGUAUUUGCGAACCCUGAAUAAUUUAUUGCUUUAUUCUUCAUUUAAAAAUUUGGUUCUUAUUUCCAUGCAGCUCCUGCAUGUACAAUCAUUAACUUUGGAAAGGAACGUUUUUGUGGCAAUAAAUUUCUUGCAAGAAUGCAACUCCUUGGCUUUUUUCCAUGCUUCAAUCAUGUAAGCUGUAUGUCAAGCAUUAAAAUAAAUCAUUAAAUAAAUAAAUAGAUAAAUAAAUAAAAAUUAAAACAAACAAACGAUAGGAAAGCAAUACGUGUACUAGUAACAAGUGGCAAUAAAUAGGCAGUUUCCCUCAAAAAGAUUUGAGGAAAGACUACAUACUUUUGAUGAGUAGGAUAGGAAAAGCAGGACUGUGCAUGUAAACAUUUGGACUUAUAUGUGCAAAUCAGUUAUGUGCAUACCAAAAAUAAUUUUUUGUAAUUUAAUUUUACAAGACAUGUACUUCUGAGUCUGCCUGUGUUGCUGUUGAUCUGUUUAGUAUGUCCAUUAUAUAAGAGCAAGCAUAGCUACGCCCUUCACGUAUAAAAAAAUUGGAUUAUACAGUAUCCAGGAUGGCUUCUUUAACUCUACUGAACCUAAAAUACUUUGCAGAAAUUUUUUCAAAGUGGAUUCACAGGCAAAUCAUUCCUUACAUUCGAGUGGACCAAUCAACACGGAUCUGGUGGAGAUGAUGACACGAACCCUCAUAAGAUGAACAGUAACAUUGUUUUACAGUUCAAGUGUCAGUCAGAUCCUGGAAAGGUCCAGACUCUUGAAACGUUGCGCAAUGGUAUAAAUACAAACACGCCCAAGUUCACUGCGUCCAAGAAGGCAGAUGAGACAGAAAAUGAAUACAAAGCACGCAAGGCUAAAGAUAUGGACCAGAAUAGAGGCAUGCAUGAAUCUUGGGAGUGGUAUGAUAAGUGCAGAAGGAGGGAGAGGAAUCAGGGUGAGAAUCUCGAGCUUAACUCUAGCGGUAGCCUAGGCCACAGGUGGAACUUAACUUCUGGUUAAACCCGUCUACGAGCUGGUGUUGAAAUCUUCGUUCUGGGCCCCCAGCUAUGUACAAUGUUAUUGUACCAGGAUUAGAGUACGUGCUAUGAUUGGCCGAUUAAAAAUACCACUGUCGAUUUGCCAAUCAGGUUGAAGGGAAAUUCGAAAGGCAUUUCGGUAACUCGUUGGGUCCGUUGGGUACUAUGUACCAGAAGAAGGGUUAGAUUACGUUACUCUCCGACGCCUGCUAUUCUUGGGGUAGCUUAGGGGAAAAUUUAUUUAUACCACAACAUGUGUUCAGUGCUCAUGUAUCCAGCAAUAGGUUAUUAGCCUUUUCUAUGCUAUAAGAUAGUAAAAACACCUUCGCCCUAUUUUCGCACGACCUUGUUUUCGCGACUUUCCGACCUUCUAAUAGCCUGACACAGACUCCCAACUGGUUACCCCGCAAGUAGCCUGCGUAGCAGGCGCUUGGAAGUAACGGCAAAGGAAAGAACGGGGCGCGAGUGAGAUACACGCGUGUUUCCCUCGCGCGCCUCGUUCUUUCUUGCGCCCAUUACUUCCAAGCGCCUGCUACGCAGGCUACCCCGCAAGCAAGGUUAGGCAGGGGCUCCUGGCUAAGGUCAGUCUAUUUGGGUUGAGCUACUGUGGGUCCCUGCUCCAUCCAUUUUUAUUGUGGCCCCUCCCUCCUAGCCUGGCCUGCGGGCACUGACAAACGUAUUUCAAGUCGGUCGCUUCUCUCCACUCUUUUUGGGUGGAGAGAGCGACGACCGGAAAUACGUCUGUGUCCGCAGGCUACUCUCCUCCUGGAGGUCUAAACGUACGUAGUGUGACGAGGAAAAUGGUACAACUUGUUGUCGGUUAUUCUGCUAAAAGUGAGAAAAAUUGAUUACCUUGUCAGAAUUUUUUCAUUUUUCAAGAAAGUUGUUGCUGAAGAGAGCCGUUCCGGCGGUUUUUCCCUACAAAUGAAAAUGCUCGGGAUCUAAUCUGUUUUAAUCUUGCUUAUUUUCGUUACUAAGUUAAGUGUAACCUUGAUUUCGAAUAGGUCUGUUUACUGCUGAUCAAAAGCUUGCAGGGAAAGAGAGUAUCUUCACACGUCAGAAUCCCACAGGAACGCGGCGGGGAUAUGAGUGUCCAGAGGAGAGAGAUUAUUACCCAUACUGGCAUCCUAUAGAUUGGAAGGAUAUUGCAGUGUUGACAAGUGAUGUUUCACGGUGUGAAUAUUACAAGAAACACAGCUUUAAUGUUGAGCCUAAAGGUUGGUCCUAUCUUCUAUCUUGUUGUAUGUAAUUUUUGGCGGGAUCUAAUUAUUGCGAACUCCGCGGUUUUUUUGAUGUUCCGAAAAAGAAAAGGUGCCGUGAUUAAACCCGCGAAAAAUUGGUGCACGAAAAUUCACUCCUUUCCUACACGUACAUGUACUUGCAUAUUUCUGAAAUAUAAUUUAACUUACAAGCUGCAUCUUUUAAUGCUUUGGACUCUCUAAUGGAUGUCACAGGUAAUGAGCUGCUCAGGGAAAAUAAAAGCUUUCAAAGCCAGGGAAAAAUCAGGGAAUCAGUGUUUUCAGUCAGGUAGAAUUUUAGGUCACAGUGCAUCGGCGAAUCCAAGCCUUCAGGUAACCGGGAGGUCUUCUUAUAAGAGUGACGUCCUCGCUCUUGGAAAUUAUUUGGGGCCAUUUAUACGAGGGACAACAAUGGAUUGCUCUUCCUCAACGCUAACAUAAUGUACAAAAUGUAGUCUUAAUUACUUGCGGCAACCUCCUCUAACGGCCUGACCUCUAGACAACGGAGCCAGUUAGUCCAGGCGUUCCCUCCUCUCUCCCUCUUCCUGUCUUCCUCCUUAUUGUUUUUCCUCCCUCUGAUUUCUGAGCGCGCGUAAAAAUCACCUCACGCGAGAAAGGCGAGACGGGCGAGGGGAGAGAAAAACGCGAGCUCGCGUUUCGCUCGCUCUACUACACCCGAGGAAAAAUAGGGACUAUUCGUUGACUACUAGUAAAUUGAAUUAAGUACAUGAAAAUGUCGGCGUCUGAAUCAAUUAGGAAUGCCUGUUUCAAUUUGGAACGGCUCAGCCAUUCUUCCCGCCUAGCCUAGCCCGACCGGGAAUUUUGACUUUGGAUCGACUUUAGGAGCGGCUUUGAUUCAGACGCCGAACUUCUUAUGUAUCGAGCCUAAUACAUAAAUUGUUAUAACGUUUUUUGUUAGCAGUUUUUCCGAAAAGAGCUUUUUUCUCCUUUUGUAUUUUGUUCGGUUGGAAUUAAGAUCGGCGUCUGAAUCAAUUCAGCUGAUCUAAAUCAUUUGGGUCGGCCUCAGUUCGAAUAAGCUUCGGCUCAUGAAAAGUUCGGCGUCUGAACCGGGCCUUAGAGUGUUUUCCAAAAGUCAGAACUGGCUGGCCAGUUCGUUAUUUUGAAAAUGACGUUUAGUAUUUUCUCGAAAUUUUUACUGAAACCCAUCACUGCCGUGCUCACUAUUUAAGAAUGAACUGAGCUAGCUGGAUAGUCCUGGUUAAUAGUGGAAUUCUCCUCUGUAACCAAGAAAUUGCUUAAAAUGCAUUCUCCCCAAAAGGGAGAUGUGUCCCCACUUCUCGUAAAAGACCUCCUGCAGUUCGACUCUCGCAAGAGACCAUCUCGUGUAAGCGACCACCAACUCUUUGCCUUUUGGGUUUUCGCUUACUCUCCGGGAUUUUCGAUUGUAUUUAAAUUGAGGAGGAUUCCUGACUGGAAAAUUUCUUUUGACCAACAGGAGAGUGUGUAGAGCAUUAUCCAAGCGGCGCGCGCAAGCAUUGGUCGAGGCACAAUAAUGCAAAAGAUUGCACAGAAAAUGGCGGGAAAUGGAUGACAUUUACAAAUUUCCUGGACAAAGUAAAGCAUUACAAUACAAAACAAAAAUGUCUCUCGCAAGGGGAUCGCUUUGUUUGGGCUAUUCCUCAUGGUGAUGACAAGCCAAUGUGUUUAGCUAAAUUGGAUGAACCUUAUUGUGGCCAAGGUCCGUGGACAAGAGACAAUCACCUUGGUAACACACCCGAAGGUGUGGCACCAAAUUUUACCUGGACGAUACCUUUGUUUCCUUCUGGUGAAGCUCAAAUAUGUAUCUUUAGAAUAAGGUUAGCACCCAAANCGAACUUCUUAUGUAUCGAGCCUAAUACAUAAAUUGUUAUAACGUUUUUUGUUAGCAGUUUUUCCGAAAAGAGCUUUUUUCUCCUUUUGUAUUUUGUUCGGUUGGAAUUAAGAUCGGCGUCUGAAUCAAUUCAGCUGAUCUAAAUCAUUUGGGUCGGCCUCAGUUCGAAUAAGCUUCGGCUCAUGAAAAGUUCGGCGUCUGAACCGGGCCUUAGAGUGUUUUCCAAAAGUCAGAACUGGCUGGCCAGUUCGUUAUUUUGAAAAUGACGUUUAGUAUUUUCUCGAAAUUUUUACUGAAACCCAUCACUGCCGUGCUCACUAUUUAAGAAUGAACUGAGCUAGCUGGAUAGUCCUGGUUAAUAGUGGAAUUCUCCUCUGUAACCAAGAAAUUGCUUAAAAUGCAUUCUCCCCAAAAGGGAGAUGUGUCCCCACUUCUCGUAAAAGACCUCCUGCAGUUCGACUCUCGCAAGAGACCAUCUCGUGUAAGCGACCACCAACUCUUUGCCUUUUGGGUUUUCGCUUACUCUCCGGGAUUUUCGAUUGUAUUUAAAUUGAGGAGGAUUCCUGACUGGAAAAUUUCUUUUGACCAACAGGAGAGUGUGUAGAGCAUUAUCCAAGCGGCGCGCGCAAGCAUUGGUCGAGGCACAAUAAUGCAAAAGAUUGCACAGAAAAUGGCGGGAAAUGGAUGACAUUUACAAAUUUCCUGGACAAAGUAAAGCAUUACAAUACAAAACAAAAAUGUCUCUCGCAAGGGGAUCGCUUUGUUUGGGCUAUUCCUCAUGGUGAUGACAAGCCAAUGUGUUUAGCUAAAUUGGAUGAACCUUAUUGUGGCCAAGGUCCGUGGACAAGAGACAAUCACCUUGGUAACACACCCGAAGGUGUGGCACCAAAUUUUACCUGGACGAUACCUUUGUUUCCUUCUGGUGAAGCUCAAAUAUGUAUCUUUAGAAUAAGGUUAGCACCCAAACGGCUUUUUACGCUGUAGGGGAUUAAAACGAAACAAAAGCAAAAACAGAAUCAAUGAUGCUUAAUAGUGUUCAUCGUUUUCAAACGCCUGGUUUUGUUGCCAGUCUAAGAAAAAUUCCAAAGAUCGCCCUUAAUUCCAUGUUGUGAGACAAUGAAAAAUUGGCUUGCUGUAUUCCCUCUCUUAAAUCCCGCCAGCUGCUGAAAAAACACACACGAACUUAUAAAAGUCCUGCUGAUGAUGUUUCACUAUACCAUUAUUAGUAAAGGAGAUUUAUUAGAUUAUGGUUUAUGAAGGCCGUCGAACAACAAAGUUGAAAAAAACGGAGCUGUAGUUUAUGUUGGAAGCUCCCUGACCUUGCACAAUCCUUUGUUUUUUGUUCACAAAUUGUGACUGAAUAAAUUGAUGCGAUCUUUCUAUCUAAUUGGUCAGUAAGUUCAAAAACAUAGGAUUGCUAUUUAUUAUUGUCAGAUCCCAAAAAGCUAACAAAAACCUAUAGAAAAGGAGUCGAACGGGUUUCAUAACCAUUCCACUUUAAUAACCAUGAAUGAACUGAAUGAUCACAUCACAAGAUUUCGUCUCUAGAUUCUCAAUCAGAUCGUCUUAUUAGCUAAUUAAGGUUUGUAUUACUUAAGAUUUUUACAAUGCGUAUGCAUACAUGUACAUGUGUAAUUUCAAUGACUUUUACCCUUAUUUUAUAGAUAUAACAUAUCCACAGAUGACUAUGAUGGCUGGAAAACUAAUUCUUCUUAUAACAAUGAGUAAGUUAAUCGUUAUCGUAAAGUGUUAAUUUGUGCGCAUUUUACUGAGUGGAAGGUGCUGCGUUCUUUUGUGUGGCGCUUGUAAGGCUAAAUCUAUAUGGAGAAAGUUGCCUCGGGAAACAGGGUCAGACUUCCAUCCUAGUCAACUUAAGCGAGCGUUUAUAUGAGGAAAAAGAUGACCACUUUAACCGAGCCAAGAGCUGAAAACAGCGCUCGUGCAUGCUCUGAUUGUCUUGCCUUGACCGAAUUGACCCGGCUGUGUGUGCCGAAGUGUUUACAAGGAGAAAAGUUGGCCCGGCCAGGAGGGUGACCCUUCUAGUCCAGCAGCCACACCCAGAUUUUUAGCAUAACCUUGCAGGCUCUUUCAUACAAAGUUUUUUCACAAAUUACUAAAGUACUAUGAAGGGUCUUUCAAAAUCCACCUGAUGACACCUCGUAACCUUUGGGCAUCACGAGAUAUUAAGGGAUAAUUUUCACUGAGGCAUGAACUGGAUGUAGGCUUCCUUUCUUAGGGUGCCCAAACCUGGUCUAGUGUCAUAGUACGUUUGAAUACUCUAAAGGACCAUGUUGUUUGUUUAGAGUACACUAAAAAAACAUUUUAUAGGAAAUCUUAUUUGAAAAGUUGUUAAAGCCUUGCGAAAUUAAGUACGGCUAACAACUAAGUUCUUUGUGUGAUUCAAAAGUCCGACUAAGUCGUCUUAGGACGACAACUGUAACCACCAAGUAGCGGAAAUUUUGAUCGCUAUUUAUGACGUGUCAAACCGUCUUGUAAAGUCCUGUCUAGUGUGUAAUAUUCCGAGUCAAGCGCCUUAACAGAAUCUGUUCCUCAGGAGAAGAACAUCUUGAAUCUGAAUGUUCGUGGAAAGAGGGGAAACAUUGUGCAGGUCAGUUGCUGUUUAUCUGAAGGUUUUUAUUUUUUCUAAACCUUUAGAUGACAAAUUACAAAAAUAAACGUACAUUCAGCAAUUCUUUGAUGACGGUGAGUAUUAUAAGGAGAAUUUGCAGUUCGAGGAGGGUGUUAUCCGCCGACAGCAAAGGUACUAUAGUGCCUCAUGUCAUAUCUUUUUCGAAUCCAGCACAGUGCAGUUGUAACUGUUUAGUAUUCUUUAAAAAUAUUUUGUUCUUCAAAAUAUACUUAUCUCGAUCCGUGUAUACUUCUCGUCUUUAUGCGCAGUUUUAGAAUGUGAAUGGGUGUUAGGCGUAGCAGAUAUUCCUCAUCCUCUACAUCCGGCGAGCGGAAUUGUUUUUACAGUCUUAGCUAUGAAUUUAAGGCAGUACUUCUUUCUCUCUUCUCUAGCUCAACACUGUCAAAAACUAAGAAACUGCGUCUUGCGUCCCCUUUUCUGUCGAUAACAAUUCGAUUGACGUUUAUGGAUUUUUUUAAAAAAAUAAUUUCCAAACGUUUUUACUUGAAAAAGUACCGCACUACCCUGGUGGUUUUGUACGCUGUAUGGGAUGGGCAAUGCAAGGAAGCGCUAGUGGGCGUAACAGCCGUGAGGAGAAUGGGGUGGAAACUCGCAGCUUCGCUUUUCAUUUACGCACUCGCGAAACAAAACCCCCAGCUACGCUGGCUGGCUAGCAGCGGACAACUUCUGUACAAAACAAGAUAAAAAAAGACAAUGUUUCUUUGGAGACUACCACGUACGUAGUACAUCAACUUCAUUCAAAAAAUAGAAAAGCUCAUCUAUUGAAGGGGCAAACCUUCUUAGUUUAAAUCAAAUGAAUGCUGUUUUUUUUUCCCCUCAUCUGAAGCUCUGUAUGAGCGCUAGCAUGUGAAGAGGCUCUCUAGGACGAGGUGAAAGCUCAAAAGGCGAACUUAUUGGAAAGGAAAAUCCCUUAAUCCCCUAUUUUCUAAAGUUUGAAUUUGCCUUGGAAAUAAUAUCAAAACCUGUCUUAAAAUAUUUAUGUGACCAGCAUCGCGAGUUAGCUACAUGUAGCAGAUGUCAAUGAGAUUCCGGGGAGCUUAUUCACUAACUGGAUGAGCGCCCCACUCCAGUCCCCUUACCUUCAGAUCUGGGUCCGCCACUGUGAUGGCUGAAGUGAUAAGUGUGUAUUAUUGACCCCUAACAUUGCCCCCUUGUCAGGCGGUUGCAAAGCAAAAAUAGGGGCGAAACCUGACAACGACAGACUUACUGCACGGCCAACAAUUUGAUUAACAAUAAACUACUGUGUCACUGGAAAGAUGAGUGUCCCACCGCAAUCCCCUUACUUUCAAAUCUGGGUUCUCCACUGUGAUGGCUGAAGUGAUAAGAAGCCCGUUACAAGACUUCAGCUGAACAAUCAUCUGAUACUCAAAGCUGAGCAGUUUGCCUGGAGGACACUAUGAGUCAAUUGUUAAUUAUUACCGUAUAAUCCAAUUUACGUUUGUUUUUAGGUUUAUCCUGCUGUGGAGUACGACUUUGUUCCCAACAAACUAACCUUGAAUAAAGAAACGGAUGUACUACACAUUCAGUGGGCAGGUACGAUAUCCAACCCCGAGAGUGUUCCAAACAUAUACUAAACGAACUUUCAUGUUGUUGCGUCGUCUUUUCUCAUUCUGCCACGUAAAUAAAUAACAACUCUUAAACUCAACAAUCGGAAUACAUGCAUAAGCAAAUAACGAAGGAUUACAAAAAACUUGCAUUGAAUUAUACAGAUAAACUCUGUCCUAAAAUCAUGACAUUUACUUUGAGUUGUCGACUGGACAUUGACUGGAGACUUCAUCCCACCAUCUUAAAGUCAUUGUCUGUUUGAUAGUCUUUUGGUUUGAAGGGACUGAAAUAUGAUCCUGUUGUUUGUUUGUUUGUUUGUUGUCAUAGGCUCUAACACUCAUAAUAACAACAGUCCCGCAGGUGAUGGACAGGCGGGGGAUGCCGGCGAAGGGAAAGGUGGUAAGUAGGAACGCUAAACUGGUUUUCAGAAUCAAAAAUCUAAAAUUUUCCUUCCUUUCCGUAAUAAUUGUCAGUUCAUUACCUUAACUGUGUGAUCUUGGUCGUUGCUUUACUGCUGAGUUUCUUUUGGCCGAAAACGCCGAAGUUGCUCCCUGGUGCUGAAUGUCAGAGGACGACUCUAGAAACAAGUAUAGCAACGCUUUAGAAUGUUUUGAACGACUUGCCUGUGUUUGACAAAACAAGGAGAUUUUAAGAAAAUAGAAAGAGUGGGCACACUUUUGUUGCCAUCUUGCAAAACUGAAAAGAAAUGGAGUGAAUCCAAUUCAGUACGUUUUAGAAUCCGCCGUUUGAAAAUACGUCGAGCCAGUUCAUACACCCAGUGUGCCAUUUAGGAAAAAAAAAGAAAAACGAAAGAAAGAACAACAACACAACAACAACAACAACAACAACGACCGUGUGGACGGGUUAUCCAUUCCUAGGUAUUUCGAGAACGGACCUCUGGAGCCAGGUUAAUUUUAAGUCUCUAAAAAAAAAAACAAUGUGUUUCUCAGGAACUGAUAGAAACAACAUGGUGGAAACACGCAAUCCGUUAGACAACUACCCGCUGCCAUGGGAGAUGUCUAAACUUUUUCGUGGAGCUACGAUUCGUUGGACAAGCCUGGAAUUCAAGUCUCCCAAAGCUGAAGACAUUGCUGUUAGCUUGGCGACUGCAGGUAUGCAUGAUUUGUUAUUGUAUUUUAACCCCAAAACAAGACAAUUUAGCAAUGCUGCCGGCUUAUUUUUGCCAGGAUGUGCAUUGUUGGUCUGCACCUGAUGUCAGGAACAAAUUGAAACGUUUCUCUUCGCUGGGAACUAAACUCCAUACUAACGCAUUGUCCGCGAGAAAAGUUUUAUGUUAUAACUCACUUGGGAAAAGAGUUAUAGCCUGGGACCCUAACUAGGCGCGCGCUCAUCUAUGGGAUUAUUUGGGGGGACGUGAAUGAAAAAAAACAUGGCGGAAAGCGAAGUGGAAUGUUUCAGGGGAGUUCCUAAAGUUAAUUGUACACAAAAGCACACAGCAACUUGUAUGUCUCGUCAUAAUUCAAGGUGGCUGCUGGACUUGACCCCUUAACAAUCCCACAAAUGCGCGCGCGCUUAGUUUGGGUGCCAGGCUAUCACUCUUUUCCGAAGUGAGCUAUUGACCCCUAACAUGGUCCCUUGUCACGUGGUUGAAAACCAAGAAUAGGCACGUUACCUGUGUGUUUCUUAUAUAGUCAUCCCAGAGAGCAGAGCGUCCUUCUGUCUUCUCGACAACCUCGUUCCCAGGGUCCUCUCUCUCUCGCCACGGGGGCGGAGUAGGAGAGGACCCUGGGAACGAGAUUGUAUUCUUGAGUGAUAAAGAGAAAAGGAGGCUCUGCCUGAAUCGCAUUAAGACUUUCAAGUUGCCGCAGCCCAAACUUCUGGACUAGUCAAUCUUCUUUUCUCCAGUCAUACUUUAUCUUCCCGAGCCCGAGCAGCCGUUUAUCGAUAGAACAAUGGUCGUCACUGAGCCUUGCACCAAGCGCACUACUAUUAGGCCUGGAUUCGAAACUGUAUCGUAGUAACAGACAGCGCAUGCUCAACAAAGACCUUACUCGAUUCACGCAGAGUCUUUCUCAAAUAACGACGAUUUUGAGCAACGCACGUCAACUGGAAGUGGCCUUUUUUCAUUUUUGGACGAUGGUUUUGCCCAUAUUUUCAGUCAAAUCGUCACUAUAGGGGUAAAGAAGCUAAGCAAUACAAAUUUUAUAUCGUCAAGGCAUAUUAAGAGGAAACAAGCCUUACUUCCGGUUGACGCCCGUCGCUCAAAAACGCCGUUGCUUAAGCUCCCUAAUAAUCAAGCAAGCGGAAGAAAGGCUCUCUUGGCUGGUUGCUAGACUGAGGAAUCUUGUACUAAUCCCAGUUCCUUUUUUUCUUUAUUUUCAAGGAUAUUACAGCUGUUUGCGCAAGAGUACUUGUAAUAAAGAUUCUGUGGAAGCAAAGGCAACCAAAAUGGACUCACUUUUGAACAAUGCACCGGCAUCAUUUGGUGGCAUGAUUCUAGAGUUCAGUAAUACAGGAUGUUUUUACUACAUAUGCUCAAGAAAUAACAAUUUUUCAAAUAGAAGUCAAAAGGGUGUAAUUUGUAUCAAUUAA